AAAUUACAAGUGCAACCUGUUAUAGCACAGUGCAGGGAAAACAGUUGAACAACAUUCACAGUCUGUGAAUUGUAACUGCAAACAGUCAAAAACAAUUCAUGAAUACUGUGAACUCAGACGCCAAACCUGUUCUUGAUCUACUGAGUAUCUGAGUACAGAGUAUAGUAUUAGAGUUUGAUGCUUCGUCGAAACCAAUCAAUCAAUGCAAUCUUGGUCGUUUCCCUUGUAUUCCUAUCAGCAGAAUUGUUGCUUUAUUGGUUACCAAAUUCUACAUGCCAACAUGAUCGUCCCGCGUGAUUAUUCAGACAGGAAAUAAAAGGCUGUUUGCCUGGAAUCUAAUUACUACCAAAACGUGUUACACGGUUAGCCAGAAUGUCCGUGGUGCGGACGCUCCGCCAGCUGCCCGCUUUCCGUCUGCUGCACUGUCGAACGUGGCUUCAGCACAACCGCCUCGACCCGUACGUUCACUGGCCCAGUCGCCAGUCAAGCCAGAGCCUUACUCAGUUAUCCGCAGCGCCGCUAGUCGAGUACCCCGCCGGGAAACGUAUCGGCGGCUUUACGGUUCUACGCAACGAGACCGUGCCGGAGCUGGCGCUGACGGCAGUCCACUUGCUGCACGUCAGCACCGGCGCCCAGCACCUGCAUCUGGCACGCGCCGACCGUCACAACGCCUUCGCCGUGGUCUUCCGCACUCCUCCCCGUGACAACACCGGUGUGGCACACAUCCUGGAGCACAUGGUGCUUUGCGGAUCGCGCCGCUUCCCCGUGCGCCAUCCUCUUGUACACAUGCAGAACCGCUCGCUGGCCACCUUCAUGGACACAUCCACCAAGAGCGACCAUACCAUGUACGCCUUUUCCACGCCCAACAGGAAAGAUUUUGUCAACCUCCUGGAUGUCUUCCUAGAUGCUACUUUCUUCCCCACUCUCAGGAAGGUCGAUUUUCGGCAAGAAGGAAUCCGUGUGGAGCCGUGGGAUUUGUAUGAUCCAAGCUCGUGCCUGACCAGCUUUGCCUUCAGCGGCGUGGGUUUUAUGGAGAUGAAAGGUGUCUACAGAGACGCCGAAAGCCUGUACGCUCGCCGAAUUCCGAACUACCUGCUGCCGUCGGGGACGUACGGCUUCGAUAGUCACGGCGAUCCCAUGGAGAUGCCCCACUUGACGUGGGAGCAGUUGCGCAGCUUUCACGCGGCCUACUACCAUCCCACGAAUGCCCGCUUCUUCAGUUACGGCAACAUACCAUUGGAGAGCCACUUGGACUUCGUGGAGACCGCUGUGCUACGCCAUUAUGAUAAACAGCCCAUCGAUAGCCAGGUCCCGCCAGAGCCGCGCUGGGCACAGCCCCGGGAAGUAACCUUUCCCGGUCCCGUAAAUUCGUUGGCGCCGGUUAACAAAAACGUGACGGUAUCCGUAUCGUAUUUAUGGCCGGACGUGCGGGACCCUCUCGAAACGUCAUGCAUAGCCCUGCUGGGAAAACUUCUCCUAAGCGGGCCGCAAGCGCCUUUUCAGGCCACGUUACUGCAGAGUAAGCUGGGUGCCGAUUACUCACCGGGAACGGGAAAUCAUCUCGACGCCGUACGGGAAGGCUUCUUCAGUGUCGGCUUAAAGAACGUUGCGGAGGAAGAUACACAAAAGAUUAUCUGUACUAUUCGCUCGACAAUCGACAGCGUCGUGAAGACAGGAUUCAAGGCGGAACACGUGCAGGCUAUCCUCCACGAGGUGGAGCUAUGCCUGCCCCCAGUUGAGAAGACUUUCGGGCAGAACCUGCUACGCAGCCUGAUACCGCUUUGCAACCAUGACGCCGACCCCAUCGACCACCUUCAAAUCACCCUGCUCUUCGAUCGGUUCCGCCAGGCGAUGGCCGGCGAUCCAGAAUACCUGCAAAAAAAGGUUAAAGCGUAUUUGCAGGACAAUGCGCACAACGUGACGCUGAUAAUGAAGGCAGAUGCGGCGUACGGCGAGCACAUGAGGGAGAAGGAAGGCCGAUUGUUGGGGGAAAAGCUGUCGGUAAGCAAUCCACCGCGGAGCUUGGUGCGUCGGGUAGGAGUGUUAUCCCAAGCCAAGGAGUUGGAGGACGACCAGAAGAAGGUCCAGGACGUGUCCGUGCUCCCCACGUUGAAACUCUCGGAUAUCGAGCCGACGCUGCCGCGUGCCAGCAUCCGGGAAAUUAAUGUGGAAAAUACGCCGAUAUUCUGUGUGUCGGCGCCCACCAGUGGCAUGACAUAUUUUCGCGCGCUGAUUUCGACGGAAGGUCUGCCCGCUGAACUGCGCCCGUACGUGCCGUUGUUCUGUUGGAUCGUUACGAGCAUGGGCGCCGGCGAACUGGACUAUCGCCAGCUUAGUCAACGCAUUGAACUGACGACCGGUGGUCUGUCGGCGGCAUUUCACGCCGCCCAGCGCUUCCCUUCUACAGGCAAGUACGAACAGGGCAUCAUCCUCUCCUCCCACUGUCUGGACCGCAACAUCCCCGCCAUGUUCGCGUUGUGGAAAGACAUUUUCACCCGCCUCUGUCUGCAAGACUUGCACCACUUUGCAGUGCUGCUCAGGCAGAUGCGCGACGAAACGAUCGCCAGUCUCACCGGCGACCGCGGGUACUGGUACGCCGUCUCAUAUCAGGCUUCGCAACUGCAGUCCGUUGCGUGCCUGCGCGAAGAAUGGACUGGUUUGCAGCAGAUUCGUUUUCUGCGCCACCUGGUUGAAUCCGGCGAUCUGCGACCGACUCUCGAGAAACUGCGGCUUAUUGCCAAACAUGUCUUGACCAAAGACCGGAUGUGUUGCUCGCUGAACACCACGCCGGAAAUCAUGAAAACGGCUAUGGGCGAAUUAGGCGAAUUUCUAUCAGUGGUGGACGGUAACGGCAGACAUCAGCCAUUGGUACCGGAGGCGACCUUCGAACCGAGAGGCGGCCAGUGCACUUACGUAACCUUUCCAUUCGAGAUGCACUGUGCUUCCAAGUCCUGCCCGGUAGUACCGUUCGAUCAUGCCGAUUACCCCGCCCUGCGUGUGCUGGCCCAUCUGCUCACUGCCAAGCUUCGCUGUAAUGAGAUCCAUGAGAACUGCGACAGAGCCUGGCUGGCGCACGAUGGCUUGUUUCACUUUUAUUCCUAUCGAAAUCCCAACUGCGUGCAACGUUUCGAGGCGUUCAAGCGGUCAGUGGAAUGGGCCAGUAACGGUGAGUUCAGUGACCAGGACGUGGAGGAUUCCAAGCUGCGCAUCUUCGGCGAAGUAGACGAUCUGUGGCCCCCCAGCGAUGAGGGCCGGAAUCAGUUCCUCUACUCCAUGAGCGACGAAAUGUACCAGUGUCACCGCGAAGAGCUGCUGGCUGUGACCAGAAAGCAGUUGGUGCUGGCGACCAGCAAGUACUUAGGGGACGACCAGCAGGCCGUGUCGACGCUCUUCGGGCCGGCGGAUGCCGUGGUGGAGAAGCAGGGAUGGAGGGUGGUGAGCAGCGGCGUGGGGUAGACUGAGAAGCAAAGAGUGGUCUUACGUAGCCGUCGCCAGAGGAAGCGAAUUAAUUCAAAUCGCUGCUUGUGCUUUCGUUUAGUUGUAUGUUCGUGCAUUAAAGGCUGCUUUUUUUUUCCUUUUUCAUUUGAGCUUAUAAUUGUUAACCGUAGUUGUUGAAUCCAGAGCUGUUAUGCUAACCGUAAGACGUUAAUUACGUAAAUCAUUGCUAAAGGUUUAUUGAUUGAAACCGUUUGCUAUGAGCCUAUGGCUAGCAGAUUAAUUCGUGCCGCUGUGACAGCGGCACGAAUUGCAUGCGAGUAGCGAAACACAACA